AUGGCUAAGUGGGGUGUACGGGAGGAGGGGGAGAGGAAGCGAGGGAAAACAUCUAAGAAGAAGAGCGGAACGAAGGGGUCGAAGCCAGCACCUAAGGAGACCUCACCGGGAGCAGCAGAGGCAGGUUUCUCAACAAAAGAUAUGGAGCAUCUGUUUGAUAGCACAGAUAUAAAUGAGGAGGUGAUAGCGAAGCGUGUGCAGAUGGUGGUAGAGAAGAGAGGUCGUAGAGGUGUAGAUAAACUCGAACAAAUGCGUAUUCUGAAACGGCUAGCUGAGCUAGCUGAGACUGUUAGCCCACAGUGUCAUCUUGAGGUGUUAGGACACCUAAUAAGUGCAGAGUUCGAUACCACAUCUGGCGUCUUCACUAGCAUGCCGCUGCAUAUAUGGAUGGAAACCUUUGCUGGCGUCAAGCUGCUUCUCUCUAUCAUGGAGGAGAACAAGGGGGCUUACUUGGUUCCGCUUGCGGGGCUCGCAGAGGCCUCUUCGCCUGAGGAGAUACAACAAAUAUCUGCUUCUAUUCUCACUUCGUUUGUUGAACGUUUAGAUGAUGAUCUUAUGAAAUCACUUCAGUCAACAGAUGUACACUCAGAUGAAUACAAAGAAAGACUGGGGAAAAGCAUCGAUAUACUCGCACUCCUCUGGCGCACAUUCUGCUUCCUAGAUGAAAGAGGAUUCAAAACACAGGCCGCAACUGUUGCUCUUAAAGUCAAUGAACACAUGCACUACAAGCCGGACGCUAUUGCAAUAAAGAUGUGGGAUGUGCUUCGGAAGGAAUUGCCCGAGGAGCUUUGCAAAGACCUCCCAGGGGAGAAUCUGGCGCCCACCGCCUUUAUUGAAACGCUCACCCGCUAUGUGUUCAAACACUGUGCGUCUCUACACCAAUGA